GCAUGAUGUACCCAUGGCUGAACGGCUGAAUGCACCAACGACUGGAUGCACUCAAGAGAAGGUAACUGGAUGUAGCAAGCGCAGAGGAAGCCCUUUGAGCGCGAAGGAAGCCCUCUGUGCUGAGUUGACGUCAACUCUGCCCAUCAUGCGCGAGGCGUCCGCGUCUCCUUCGCCAGCCCGUAUUUCCUUUGCUGCUCGCGUCCGUCUUUCCUUCGCCGCGCGUGUCCGUAUUUCCUUUGCCGCGCGAGUCCGUGGUCCCUUUGCUGCUCGAGUCCGUGGUCCCUUUGCUGCUCGAGCCCGUAUACUUUCCGUCGCGCGAGUCCGUCUUCUUUCUCCCUUCGCCGCCCGAGCACCCGAGCACCGCCCCCGACUCAUGGUCGUCGGCCUGCGCCCCCGACUCGUGGAUCGUAGGCCUGCGCCCUCGACUCAUGGUCGUCGGCCCGCGCCGCUCGACUUCGUCGGGUCGUACGGUGUCGACCCCGCCGUCGCGCUGCCGACUUCAUCGUCGAGUCGCGUCCUGCGCUGUUGACCUCGUCCUCGAGUCCCGCGCAGUGCCAGACGAGGGAGAAGGAGAGUCGCGCUGUCGACUUCGAAUCGCAGUGUCAGACGGGGGAGAAGGAGCGCUGUCGACUUCGUCGUCGAGUCGCGUUGUCAACUUCGUCAUCUGGUC